AUGAUGUCAGGGGAAGCAAAGAUGCCAGACGCGCAAGUGUCCACUGAAGCCGCAAAGGACCUCAAGGCAGACCGUCGGUCGGAGCUGUGCAGCUGGUGGUCAGCCAAGGUCUCGUCUGCACAGACCCAUACGGGAAGCGAUCAGAAGGAGGAGCCGCUCGCUGAGCGAGAGUCGAUCGCGAUCGCAACGCCUAUUCGGAGCGAUCAGCGAUCGCGAUUGGGCACCAAGACGAUGGCGGUUCAGCCGCAAAUACAUAGCCUCCGCACCGAGGGUCCGGCUUGCCUCAUGAACUCGAUGCCAAACAUGGGUGUGUUUGCGCCGACCGAAGUCGCAGCAUACGCGUCGGUUUUGACGGUUCUUGCUCCCCCGCACACGGCUGCCCCACAAUUCUAUCCAAGGAUCGCCAGGCUUACCCGCGCCCUCCUUUCGCAUACGGGGUCCGCCGUGGUCAUGCCGAGCCAUGCCAACCCCGCCGGCACCAAGGGUCCUGCCUCCCCCACCAACAGCAACCGGGUCGGCUUUGACGGAUUCUCGCUCCAUCCUCCUGUGCCCCCGCAAUGUUCUUCCCAACCCCACGCCAACAUUGCAAGACUUGGACCGAGCGCGAGCGCAAGCACGAGCAAAAAGGCAGCAGCAGCAGCAGCAGCAGCUAACGCAAGCGAGCAUCGGCAUUUUGGACGCGUCCUAGUUGCACUUCCCCUCACCCUCGUCGCCUCUCUGCUCCUCGUCACACGCAUCGCAUCGCCUGUGCCUCCCCACCAGCACAUUCUCCUCGCCUCCUCUCGCACCGACCUCAUCCGCCGCCGCCAAGCUUCCGCCGCUGCCCGUGUACCUGUUCAUCCGCCGCUCAUCAUCGGUCUCUCUCCGUCUCUCAUCGUCGUUGUUUGCACUGACCUCUUCUCUCCCUUCCCACACACCAUCCAACCCUUCGGCCAAGCUCCGUAUCCGUCGCGGCGACCACCCGCAGCCAUGUACGCCUCCGCCGUCCGAAGGUCCACCACCUUCACCCUCGCCAAUGGCGCCCAGAUCCCCAAGCUCGGCUUCGGAACAUGGAAGAUGUCCAAGGAAGAGGCCGCGCCCGCCGUCGCCCACGCGCUCAAGGCCGGCUUCCGCCACCUCGACUGCGCCUGGGCCUACCGCAACGAGGACGCCGUCGCCCACGGCAUCAAGCAGGCCGGCAUCAAGCGUGACCAGCUCUGGAUCACCUCCAAGCUCUGGAACAGCUUCCACGACCCAGAACACGUCGAAAAGGCGCUCGACGACACGCUCAAGGACCUCGGCACAGACUACCUCGACCUCUACCUCAUGCACUGGCCCGUCGCCUUCAUGAACGCCAACGGCGCCAUGGUCCGCUCCAUCCGCUCCACCGGCGGUCAUCCCGUCGAGGACACCGAGCUCUCGCGCGACUUCAUGGCCACCUACCGCGUCAUGGAGGAGAUGGUCAAGAAGGGCAAGGUUCGCAACAUCGGCGUCUCCAACUUCAACAUCCGCCGCAUCAGCGAGGCCACCGAGGCCGCCGAGAUCAAGCCCGUCGUCAACCAGGUCGAGGUCAACCUCGGCGUGCACAACGACGAGCUGCGCAACUAUGCGCACGCUCACGGCGUCACCCUCCAGGCCUACUCGCCCUUUGGCUCCAACCAGAACGCCGCAAAGUACCUCGAGGACCCCGUCGUCAUCGACGUCGCCCAGCGCAACAACAUCACGCCGGCCCAGGUGCUCCUCGCAUGGACGCUCGGCCGUGACAUCAUCCCCAUCACAAAGAGCGUCACGCCUUCGCGCAUCGAGGAGAACCUGCGCGUGCUCGACAUCCAGCUGCCCGAGGAGGACAUUAAGCACCUCACCGACGAGGCGCUCAGCCGCCCCAUCGAGAGGACCGUCGACCCCACCGAGGGCUGGGCCGUCCAGGACGAGAUCUUCGAGGACGGCAUCGACCAGACGCGCGAGAUGGAGCUCAAGGGCGGCGCUUACGUCCCGCCUCCCGCCCACGAGUCGCCCAUCGAGCACCGUCUCGAGCCCCGCAACGACCCCGAGGCGCCCUCGCGCCAGUUCCACACCUCGGCACACCCCAUGGCCGCUGCCUCCUCGGCCUCCUCCAGCCGUCGACCCACCGCCAUCCAGGCGCGCCUCUCGCCUCGCUCCGGCUCCUCCUCCUUCUUCCGCAGCUUCGCCUCCUCCAGCCGCUCGGCCGCCGUAGCAGAGGUGCAGCCUCCCACCGCAUCCGAGGCGCCCGUCGUCAGCACCAGCCCGCUCCUCCGCACCACCACCGACUCGGCCAUCGCCACCCCGGGCCUCCGCUUCACCGACCGAGAGAACAACAUUGAGAGAGAGACCAAAAAGAUGAACAUGUACACGGUGCGUACCUUUUCCACAUCCGCCGCCUCCCGUGCCUCGGUUUCCGCCUCCCCUUCCGCUUCCUCAUCAGCAGCCGCACCAGCACCCACCUCGUCGUCGUCGCGCACCUUCCCGGACAAGAAGGCGUUCCUGUACGAACAGUACCUGCGUCUCUUGCGCGACAGCCCCAUGGUGCUGGUGCUGCAGCACAACAACCUCAGCGUCGCCGACUUCUCCAAGCUCCGCGCUGACCUCGCCGCCAUCAAGCUGCCCGAGGGCGAGGCGGCGCGUGCCAGCCUCACCGUCGUGCGCGCCAACCUCAUGAAGGCGGCCGCACGCGAGCUCGAGGCAGACAAUCCCGCCAUGGCUCAGCUCCAGCCCGCACUCAGCGGUCCGAUUGCUUUGCUGACGUGCCCCCAUCUUACCCCUGCGUACCUCAGCGCGCUGUUUAACGUGGUCGACCGUGCGCUCGGCCAUGUGCCGCCGCGUGCGCCGGCUGCGGGACAGUCGUUCCCCGCCGUCGCGGUGGCCAACCCGCGUCUGGUGCCCCUCGCCGCCGUGCUCGAGGGCAACAGGCUCCUCCCGGUGCCCCAGACCCGAGACGUCGGCAGGAUCGGCAGCCUGGACCAGCUCAGGGCACAGAUCGUCGGCCUCCUCAGCGCGCCCGGCCAGCAGCUGGCGGGCGUGCUCUCGCAGGCCUCGGGCUCCCAACUCGCGCUCACUCUCGAGGGCCGCAAGCGCGACCUCGAGUCGAAGCAGCAUAUAGAUCUGCACCGCCAACAGACCACAUUACUCGCUGUCCGUGCGGCGAUCCGCGAUGCGCAGGCGCAUGUGCUUGCCGCCGAUCCGACGGCGUGCGUGUUUGGCGAAGACGUUGCGUUUGGCGGAGUCUUCCGUUCGACGAUGGGCCUGGCCGAGGAGUUUGGGCGCGACCGCGUGUUCAACACGCCGCUCACCGAGCAAGGCAUCGUGGGCUUUGGCAUCGGCAUGGCCGACAUGGGACACACAGCCAUCGCCGAGGUGCAGUUUGGCGACUACAUCUUCCCGGCGUUUGAUCAGAUUGUCAACGAGGCGGCCAAGUACAACUAUCGCUCGGGCGGCCAGUUUAGCGCAGGCAAGCUCACCGUCCGCGCGCCGUGCCAGGGUGUCGGACACGGCGCGCUGUACCACUCGCAGUCGGUGGAGCAGUUCUUCAUGCCCGUUCCGGGGCUCAAGGUGGUGAUCCCGCGCAGCCCGAUCCAGGCCAAGGGGCUGCUGCUCUCUUCGAUCCGCGACGAGAACCCGGUGGUGUUCCUGGAGCCCAAGAUGCUCUACCGCAGCUCGGUGGAGCAGGUGCCCGUGGACGACUUCACGAUCCCGCUGUCCGAGGCCGAGGUGGUGCAGCCGGGUUCUGAUCUUACGCUCAUCAGCUGGGGCGCACCGCUGUACGCGUGCAUCGAGGCGCUCGACGUGCUGCGCAACCCGCCCGCGGCGAUCGCCAAGCACUUCCCGCAGGCGGUGCGCAGCGCCAGCGUCGAGGUGAUCGACCUGCGCACCAUCCUGCCCUGGGACCGCGAGACCAUCACGCGCAGUGUGGCCAAGACGGGCCGGUGCGUGAUUGUGCACGAGGCACCCGUCACCGCGGGCGCGGGCGCCGAGAUCGCCGCGCACGUGCAGCAGAACUGCUUCCUCAACCUCGAGGCGCCCGUGGCGCGCGUCGGCGGGUGGGACACGCCCUUCCCGCACGUCGGCGAGCUCUUCUACAAGCCCGAAGCCAUCCGCAUCGCCGACGCGCUCGUCAAGUCGCUCACGUACUAG